GUGAGCCACCACCCGGCCAAGAGGGUCCAAAUGUGGACCUGCCAGGCCUUGACUCUGCUGUCUCUGGAUGGUGCCAGUCACCCUCCCUGACCUCCCUGCCCCCCAUUGGAGGCCCUUGUCAUCACCUCCCUGUCCCCACACCAGCCCCUUUCCUUAGCCCUUGCCCAAUAACAGAGCCUCUCUGGUGGUGAAACCUUUGCAGGCCCCUCACACAUCACAAGGUUGUGGCGUCACCAGGGCAAAGAUAGGGACAGUCCCUUUUGGAGGUGAGGAAAUUGGUUCAGAGAAAUUAUGUUACUUGUCUGCUGACCUAGUGGCAUCAAAAGCAGAGCAGAGAAACCACCAUGUCCCCUUGUUCCCAAUUCAGCUCUCCAGGGUUCCACCGUGGGUUCUUGGGGUUGGGAGAUUGAGGGAGGUCAAAAGCCCCUUCAUAAGAGGGAUUGUGGAGAAAUUAAAGUGACUUUGCCAGCUUCUGGAAGAGCUGGGGUCAGUAGCUGGAGGCAUGUCAGGUGUGUCUGGUGUCUGCAGCCUCCUGCCCUUGGCCUUGCUUGUUUACUCAUCUGACUGUUUUAAGGAUCUGCCUCCCUCCUCCACAACCCUCACCUCCUAAGCGUACCACACUCUUCUGGGCUCUGGGAGGGAUAUGGCAGUGGAACAAGUGCAGGACUGCCGUCUUAGGGUCUUAUAAACCAACUUUCCUUAUUUGUGAAGUGGGGCAAGAACAGUAGUGCUUCUUUUACCCCAGUUAUGAGGUCUUGGGAGACCCAAUCAUUCAUGUAACAACAGAAGAUGGCUUCCUACUCUAGCCAACCAACCCCAGCCCUGAAGUUCCCAAUUCCGACCAACUCCAGCCGUCGCGCUCGCGAGCUCUGGGGACCCGACCUCCACUUCCGGGUUCAGCGCGGAGAACCCCACACCAAAAGCCCCGCAGCGCUGGCUUCUACUCGAGUUCCCUCCCCUUCUCUGCCAAGAGGCUCCUGCCUCUCCUCCACCGCCGCCCCGGCAAUCGCCCUCACCACCUCCGGCCCUCGGGGGAGGGUCUUGAGUUGUUUCCCCGAGAGAAGAAACCAGACGUCUUAAGACACGGCCUACCCACCCCUGACAACCAACAUGGCCAACUUCACACCUGUCAAUGGCAGCUCGGGCAAUCAGUCCGUGCGCCUGGUCACAUCAUCAACCCACAAUCGCUACGAGACGGUGGAAAUGGUCUUCAUUGCCACGGUGACAGGCUCCCUGAGCCUGGUGACUGUCGUGGGCAACAUCCUGGUGAUGCUGUCCAUCAAAGUCAACAGGCAGCUGCAGACAGUCAACAACUACUUCCUCUUCAGCCUGGCGUGUGCCGAUCUCAUCAUAGGCGCCUUCUCCAUGAACCUCUACACCGUGUACAUCAUCAAGGGCUACUGGCCCCUGGGCGCUGUGGUCUGCGACCUGUGGCUGGCCCUGGACUACGUGGUGAGCAAUGCCUCCGUCAUGAACCUUCUCAUCAUCAGCUUUGACCGCUACUUCUGCGUCACCAAGCCCCUCACCUACCCUGCCCGGCGUACCACCAAGAUGGCAGGCCUCAUGAUUGCCGCUGCCUGGGUCCUGUCCUUCGUGCUCUGGGCGCCUGCCAUUUUGUUCUGGCAGUUUGUGGUGGGCAAGAGGACAGUGCCCGACAACCAGUGCUUCAUCCAGUUCCUGUCCAACCCAGCAGUGACCUUCGGCACAGCCAUCGCUGCCUUCUACCUGCCUGUGGUCAUCAUGACGGUGCUGUACAUCCACAUCUCCCUGGCCAGUCGCAGCCGAGUCCACAAGCACCGGCCCGAAGGCCCGAAGGAGAAGAAAGCCAAGACGCUGGCCUUUCUCAAGAGCCCACUAAUGAAGCAGAGCGUCAAGAAGCCCCCACCCGGGGAGGCCGCCCGGGAGGAGCUGCGCAACGGCAAGCUGGAGGAGGCCCCCCCGCCGGCGCUGCCACCACCACCACGCCCCAUGACUGACAAGGACACUUCCAAUGAGUCCAGCUCAGGCAGUGCCACCCAGAACACCAAGGAACGCCCAGCCACAGAGCUGUCCACCACAGACGCCACCACACCCGCCAUGCCCGCCCCUUCCCUGCAGCCGCGGGCCCUCAACCCGGCUUCCAAAUGGUCCAAGAUCCAGAUCGUGACAAAGCAGACAGGCAAUGAGUGUGUGACAGCCAUUGAGAUUGUGCCUGCCACGCCUGCUGGCAUGCGCCCUGCGGCCAACGUGGCCCGCAAGUUCGCCAGCAUCGCUCGCAAUCAGGUGCGCAAGAAGCGGCAGAUGGCGGCCCGGGAGCGCAAAGUGACACGAACGAUCUUUGCCAUUCUGCUAGCCUUCAUCCUCACCUGGACGCCCUACAACGUCAUGGUCCUGGUGAACACCUUCUGCCAGAGCUGCAUCCCUGACACAGUGUGGUCCAUUGGCUACUGGCUCUGCUAUGUCAACAGCACCAUCAACCCUGCCUGCUAUGCUCUGUGCAACGCCACCUUUAAAAAGACCUUCCGGCACCUGCUGCUGUGCCAGUAUCGGAACAUUGGCACUGCCAGGUAGGCAGGCAGGAGUGCCCUAGGAGGUGCUGGUGUUGCGUGCGUCUGCUGGGGGACCACACGGCUCACCUGCUGUGGGGAAGAGUUGCAGGCACCAUUCCGUGUUCAUGUUUGCUGAGGAGGAAGCUCAGAAGAGGCUCUGGCUGCAUUCAGAGACCAGCUCUCUGCUCAGGCUGAGGAGGCUCACCCCAGGGAAUGUCUGAAUUGGGGCUGCCUGGCCCACCUCUGUGGCCCUGCUUCCGCGAGCUGUGGGGCACUGGCCUGGGUGGGCACCUGCCCCACUGUGGCCAUCAGCAGUGCUGAGAGAAUGGACAUCUGGACGGGGGCCGAAGCCCAGGGCCCCUCAGGAGGAACAGAGGAACCAGUGCUUGGAAAAGGAGGCUUGGGAUGGGAGUAGAAGGGUUGGAGUCCCCCAUUCUGCUGUAAUCGGUGCUUUCUGCCCCCCUGCACCCUGCAUGUAGGCUCAGCCCCCUCUCCCCAAAUCCCACUCCAGGGGCAGAACUCUCUGGCUGCAGCUACUUAGCCAGGUUCUGGGUGGGUAUGGUGGAGGCCAGGUCUCAACCCCAGCAGCACUGCCCUUGUCACAUUACGAUGGGGCAGCUGGGAGGUCAGGGGUUCUCUCUCAGGAACUGAGGUCUGGCCUCCUCCGGUCCCAGGCUGAGCUGAGAGUGGUCCGCUUAUUCAGAAGACAGCCCCCUGCGGCCCCGGCCUUAGAAGGCUGUCCCAGGUCGCACAUCGAGUCAGGGUGAGGCUGUGGUGGGCGGUAUUCCCAUCCGCCCUCUUCAAACCUCUCACCCUCUGGCUUCUGCAGGGUGGAGGCCUGGGUCACACAGGCAAGAGGAAAGGGGUCGACCUGGUGGCCCACUCGGGUUUCCGUGACAGUGGGAAGGGGGAGGUGGGCUGUGAGGUAGGCACGCAACCCCCGCAUCUGCUCUCCCCCAAUGGGUAGAACCUUCCUGAUUGGCUGUGGGUUGGAUCAAAAGACCUUUGACUGGGCGAGGCUGAGAUGGGUGCGGUGGUUCCAGUGAGUCAGCCAGGUUCCCUUCCCCAGCCCUGGUCCCUGGGGGAGAUGAGGACCGAGAGGCUUAGGCGACUUGAUGGCGGGCACCCUUUCGGGGGCCCUGGAAGAAAUUUUUGUAAUUGUUCUGCUUUUUCCAUGAGCUCUGGAGAGCACCCACCACCAAGCCCCCAGCCCCCUGAAACCCACCAGUCCCUACAGCCUGGUCUUUCUCCCCACCUUCCCACUCCCAAACACAUUUCCACAGCAAACUCCUUGGGAAGGGGCUUUUAUAUAUUAAAAAAGAAAAGCUUUUAUUGGGGGGGAAAAAAAGUCAGUUUAUUUGAUGUGUUUCUUAGUAAUGGAAUUGUGGGGAAGAACAAAAGUGGGCUCUGGGACUCACAUUGCUUUGGGGGAGGCUAAAGCUUCCCAGAAUCCCUUGUCCCUCCCCACUUUGGGCACUUAGGGGUGGGGCUGGGGAGUGAGAGGGACAAGGCAGGGAAUGAUUGAUUAAAGCUAACGAGCAGACAGAA